AUGCCUAACCGGCAAAAGAGGCCGAGGGCCGAGACACGGUGUGGAUGCCCUGCAAGGAUGCUACUUCGCAUGGAUGAUGAAUUAGAACGUUGGUAUGUUGCAUACUUUUCAGACGCACAUAACCACCACGUACUUGAGUUGCGAUUUUCAUCCAUGCUCCUAGGCCAUCGGAGGAUGAGCGAAGCGGAUAUUGAGCAGAUGAACGACAUGCGCAAAGAGGGCAUUGGCGUCUCACGAAUUCACGAUUUUAUGGCGAGCCUAGCCGGCGGGUAUCAUAAUGUCCCAUACACAACAAGGGACAUGCACAAUGUAAAUGCGAAGCAACGAAGGGAGGGUGGCCUAGACGCGGAAUCGUGCUUAAGGUAUCUCCGAGAGUGCAAGGCAAAUGAUUCAGUACUCUACUACAAAGUUGUUGACGGGGAGGGCGUGUUACAACAUUUGUUUUGGUGUGACGGCACCAGCCAAAUUGAUUACCAGGUAUUUGGAGACGUGGUUACAUUUGAUGCAACGUACAAGAAAAAUUUUUACCUUUCACCUCUUGUAGUAUUGUCCGGUGUGAAUCACCACAACCAAACGGUUGUCUUUGCCGCUGCACUAGUAGCAGACGAGAAAGAAAAGACCUAUGUCUGGCUACUUCAACAGUUGCAAACUGCAAUGAAAGGGAAGGCUCCUGUGUCCAUAAUAACCGACGGUGACAGGAAAAUGAAGUCUGUGAUUGAGCAAGUUUUUCCAGAGGCUCACCAUCAACUCUGUGCUUGGCAUCUACUUUGA